UCCGCAACUUCCGGGAAAAUGGUGGCGACCAUGAGUUAAGAGCGCUGGAAGAAUCUGGAAAGGUGGAGAAGAUUGAAAUUUCUUUAAAAUGGCUGAAGGUGGAUCUGAGAGAAACAGGCAGCAUCCAAGUAAUUUGCAGGGUCUGUUGAGACUUGCUGUGGAGGCAGGGUCAGUGGGUGACACAGCUCCUGAACUGCAACCCAUGCCAGAAGAGCGCAGACAGUGGCUGCAGGAUGCGCUAUCAGAUGUAUUUAACGGACACUUGGAUGAGAUUAAACAACUCAAAGAUUGUCUCGAAAUCCUGAAAGAAAUGCCUGAAGAUGAUGGUGGUGAUGACGAAAGGCGCUGGAAUGCACUUGAUACAUUGGCUGACUUGUGUGAAAACCUCGACAAUGCAGGAGACUUCUGUAAGCUGGCUGGCAUGCAGCUGGUGGUGAGCAGUUUUCUGGAAUGUCCGGACCCUGAGCUACGAUGGCGAACAGCGCACCUCAUUGGGACGUGCAGCCAAAACAACCCCUUUGUGCAGGAGCACGUGCUGAACCUGGGCACAAUGCCCAAACUCCUGGAUCUUCUCAACAGCGACAACAAUGACAUGGUUCGAAUCAAGGCCCUCUUUGCCAUAUCAUGUCUGGUGCGUGAGCAGGAGGCUGGCCUGCGGGAGUUUGUUGACCACGACGGUUUUUCGGUACUGAUGAGGGCCAUGCAGAGUAAUGUUGAGAAGCUGAAGGUGAAGGCCGCGUUCCUGCUGCAGAACCUGCUCAUCAACAGCCCCGAGCACAAAGGUGGUGUCCCGUGCACGGAUGCAGUUCCACACCAGCUGAAUAUUGCCAACGUUCUCUGCUCAAUGGGAAUGGUGCAGCAGCUGGUGUCGCUCGUACAGACAGAGCAUGAUCCCUUUCAUGAGCAUGUUCUGGGUGCACUGUGCAGCCUGGUGACCAACUUCCCUGGUGGAGUCAGGCAGUGUCAGGAACCUGAGCUGGGCCUGGAGAAUCUUUUAGUCGAGAGAUCACGGAUGCUGAAAGACCAAGAAGAAUUUCAGGAAGAGUUGGAAUUCUGUGAGCAGCUUCUCCGUGUAUGCUUCAACCAGCCCGAGGAAAACGGAAUGGACCGGUGAUCUGAGGAGAUAUCUUUGUAGAGGUUUCUUACACCGCAUUGUUGGAAAGAAUUUAUCCUGUGACUGCAAUCUGUAAAGCUUUGGAAGCCUGGUGCAUUGUGAAUCAGCUUGUGUAUUACACAUACUGGGGAAAAAAGACUGUUUAACAGAUAUUUAUUUCACUCUUUUCGUUUUUCUUCAAACUGUCUCAACAUCCCAUUGUUACUCGGUCACCCUGUCUGUUUAUUCUUGUACGGCUUUCUCCAGUCAGUAAUGACUAGUUAGUGAAGAUAAAAAUACUCACAGCAAUCUGUGUCUAGCACAGUUUACAGUUUGUCUUUCUCUGUCCACCAUCUCUUUCUCUGCAUCUUUUGUUUUCUUGGGACUAAAUCCCAGUAAGGGAAUUGGAGAUUUGUCAUUAUCAUUGGCUAUCUUCUUUAGAAUCCCAGACUCACUAGAUUAACAUUGCAGUUUGGCUGUCUUGCCAUUGCUGGUGUUGUGCCAGGGAAUGUACAGUUUAUUUCUAAGGAAGAGGAGGUGCUGAUCUCAUGCUUCUGAACUAAGAUACAAACUCCUGGGCAGUGAACUGCCAGAUUCUUUGACACUGCUGUAGCUUCUGCUGUGAAUUUCCCGUAGCCUGAGGUGCUCGGAGCAGCAGCGCUCCAGAAGAAAAUUAACCUGGGAGGGAAUGUGUGGAUAAGCAUGGAAAUAUGUGUUUUUAAAUUUAAGCAACACGCACAAACUGCUGGAGGAACUCACCAGGCCAGGCAGCUUCUGUGGACAUCUUGGACCGAGACUCUUUAUUCCUCUCCAUGGAUGCUGCCUGACCUGCUGAGUUCCAACAGCAUCAAGUGUUUUUGUUUUUUAACUGUUAUCUUGCACAAGUAUUAUAAUAUUUUAAGACCUGUAUAUCUGACGACAAUGCGAGGCGAGAAGAGGCCUGAGUGUAACAGGACCGUUUAUUAGACUCUCUGGUUGCCAGAUCGGUACCUGUGGUGCUACUGAGAGUUGGUGGAUUGACUUAACCUCAUACCUGCAGCCUUUGGGUCUGUGGAGCUCUGAAGGGCUGCAGAGAUGCGAGGAAGAGGCCACUUGUCUCUUGAGCUUGUUCAGCUGUACAAACCUUUGGUUGUGUCGGUCUUUUCCACACGUCCUCUAAUAUCUUGGAGAACUUCCGAGCUGCUGUUUGUAAAAGUUGUCCAGCAUUCUGUGCACUGUAUUUUACAUUUCAAAGCAGUCAUUUAUAUAUAGUGGUUGUUGUGCGUAAGAACCUGGAAAGCACAACUUUCUGAUUGACCCCAGACUGUAGCAGGCCAGUGUCAUCUUGUGAGAUCUUCGUUCCUGCUUCAAGGAAGAUUCAGUUUCUGUAAAACAUUAAAGUGACAUUUGACCCCAUUCACUCUGUGGGCCUCUUUUUUCC